AUGCUUUCGCUCGAUAGUGAUUUAGAUGUCCAAUCAAAUUCUGAAACUCAGAUAGAUGCAUAUGCACUUGAGGAAGAGUUAAGGCAAGUUAGUGAAGACAUUGAAGCUCUUCGAAUGGCCUUAGCCAGCAAGAUUAAUCGUGCCAAUGAUAUUAAAAAGAAACUUGGGCUCUCUACUCUUAACGUUUUGCCAUUAACGGUGUCCGAAGGUCUAACUAAGCUGAGUGAAUCAGAGACGUAA